AUGUCUAGCCUGUGCCACGGCCCCCGUGCCUUGCUCAAUGGCACCUCGAACCGCCACAGCCGCCGCCGGAGCACUUCAGUGCGCGCUUACGCACCCGCUGGCGCCAGCCGCACUAGCCGCAGCCCGAGCCGCCCUGUCGCCGCGCCUGCCACAUUGAUCGGCCUCAACGCUGGCCCCGCACCCCCUCAG